AUGGCCCUCAGUAUCCGGCAGAAGAGGGUGCGAAGAAUCUCCGGAGACCCAGUCGAUGGGGUUGUGGUGCAAGGCCCUGUGGAUGGUCUGGCUACUGGCACCCCACUCUAUAGUGUGGCGGUGCAAGGCACUAUAGAUGGAAGGACUACUUGUAAACCAAGGGGUUGGAGGUUUGGUACCUGGAAUGUAGGCACGUUGACAGGAAGAAGUUUGGAAGUGGUGGAGGAGCUGCAGAGGAGAAUGGUUGACGUGGCUGCAUUACAGGAGGUCAGAUGGAAGGGUGAGGGUACAAGGUUUGUGGGGGCUAAAGGUGGAAGAUAUAAGUUGUGGUGGAAGGGGGAUGAUGGUACGGGAGGAGUUGGUGUGAUGGUAAGAGAAGAGUUGUUGGAGCAGGUGUUGGAAGUGAGGCGGAGAAGCAAUGGGGUAAUUGUGGUGGUGAUGGUGUUUGGAAAAGUAAUAGUGAGGGUGAUAUCAGGAUAUGCUCCGCAACAAAGUAGGAAGGAAGAGGAGAAGGAUAGACGAUUUCGAAAUGCUGUUUUACAAUGUAAAAGUUACCCUGGAACUGAUUGUGGCAGCGAUCAUAACCAAGUUGUUUGUAAAAUCAGGAUAAAGAGAAUCAAGAGUGAAGUGGUUCCAGAACGUUUGAAUUUUGUAUUGACGGAAGACAUAAAUAAAUCCAAAUAUCAAAUAUUUAGAGAUGCCAUCACAGAAUCUGCAAUAGAAGUUAUAUCUGUGAAGGAGAAAAGAGGUCAGAAAUGGAUAACAGAUGACAUCGUAUCUCCGAUGGAUGAACGAAGGAAAGUAAAAGGUUGCAAUCCUGAUAGUUAUAAAAAGCUGGGCAAAACAAGAUAUGUGUUUAGAUCGAGUUUUGUGGAGGUCGAUCGUCGUCAAUGUCCCAAAAGGAUAAGGCACGAGAAAGAAGCAGUUCAAAGCUAA